CUUUCUAAAACACUGACAGUUUUUUACUUAUAUCUGUACCGGGAUCUAUAUUCUGCUACUGUGAACCCCCAAAAUUUUGGUUACGAGCCGCCCCUGUUUUCAAGAACAAAUCUUGACCUAUCAAUUGAUGAAAUUUCACCAAUGCCAAAAAUCGCAGAGAUUGUGCGACGAAAAAGAAAAAAAGGUCAUAUGGGAAUCUAACAACAACCCCUAAAAUUGAAAAAUUGAAAAAUGAGGUAAUACAAAAGAAAUAAGUGAUGCUGAGAAAGGCGGCGAAAAAUGUCAAGAAGAAAAUUGGUAGAGAGAUUAAACAGGGCGAGGAUUCACAAAAAAGAAAUGGUUCUAAGAAAGUCGGAGAAUCAUGUUAUAGAGGAUGAGGAUAAAGAUGAGCAGAUCGAGGAUUUUGACCUAGAUGAGGAGGACUUAGAGUAUUUAUUGUAAUGAACUUUACUCCUGGUCUCUAUCAAGGGAACUAUGGUUCCAGUAUCACACCUGUAAGAAAUGGGCUCAUCCAGAAUGUGUUGGGGUAGGCAGAAAGACAAAAAUGUUCAAAUUUGUAGGUAGUUUCAUAUUUUUAUUAUUACUGUGCCAUCUUAUCAAUAGUUACUUUCAUGAGAUGGCAUACUAUGUUUUUUUUUAAAUAUAUAUUUUUUUGUUUACUAAUAGAAAAAUUGUUUAAGUUCUGAGAAAACUUGCUUUAUUUAUAUCUUAUUUAUAUAUUUCCUACAUAAAAUUAUUUUUUUUGCCAUAAAGAAAAAAAAUUAUAGUAUUCAAAAAAAAAAGUAUGCCAUUUCAGGCACACUUCCUCUAAUUCAAAAUGGAACCUUGGAGGAAAGGCAAAGCGCUUCGGAUAUAUAGAGGCAGAUGAAAGUGCUUACUGCAGGGCUGCAGCUUUUUACUUUAAUUCUAGUUUUUCUUGCGGGGAUACGCGCUCAGAAGUAAUAUAUAUUGUCCGAUACACGUUGACAUUUUAUACUUCUGGAAAAGUUAGUAGGUACUCGCCUAAAGAUAAAAACACAUAAACAUAAAGUAUUGUGAUGUUUGUUUAUUUUAAAACAGCAGUUUAUUUAUUAAUAAUUUAUUUAAACACUUAUUUAUUUUAUAACACUACUAUUUUAAUUUAUAUAUAUUUCGAAUGUCUUUGAAUCGUUCACUAUUUAUAUUCACCACUGUCUAUCUACUAAUGACCUUUUGUUGAUCCUCCACCAAUAUUUAUAUACAAAUUGGUGAUUCCAGAAUGGUCCUCCACCAAAACAUCUCAUAUCCGGAAUUUACCAGGAACAUUAUCACGUUGACUCAGGAAUGUUCGCGAAAGUGCCUCCGCCAUAGUCGUCACAUAUGUUUGGUCUUAAGGGUUUUAAUUAUGUAUCAUAAUCGGACAAGUUGAGCCUCAAAAGCCAAAUAAGACAGAGAGGGACUUGGAGGAUUAGAGCAUGACUGAAUAAUGAAAUGGCUCACAUAACAGUAUGAAAAAAUAGAAUUGAGAAACGCAGCCAUAAGGAAGUUUCAAUCGCACUGUAUGUGCGAGAUCGCACGUUGUAGUUUGUGGAAGAGCCACACUCAAGGAGCCAAAGAGCCGCAUGCGGCUCGCGAGUCGUGGUUUGUCGACCACUGGAUUAGGAUAGUGUUAGGCAGUUGUUUCAUAAUCCCAUGGUAUCAACUCAAAAGAUGUGAAUUCUGAGUUAUUAUGUCACUUUUGAAGCAAGGAUGAGAUAAAUCUAUCAAUUUAAAAUUUAUCAUAUUAUAUAGCUAAUCCUGAUUUAAAUGCUUUGAACAAGAGGUAACUCUGUAAAAUUUGCUAGAAAUGGACUUAGGACAUUAUGUUUCCUAUAUACUUAAGUGAUCACUUGAUUAGUAGGUGUGCGGAUAUAAUUAUUAAAAGAAUAACAAAGCAGAAUGUAAUUUAAAAAAAAAUACCUACAUGAUAACAGUAAUUCGAGAACGUUUCGGAUUUUCAAUAUCAAAAUAAUCAAUUUUUACGAUUAAAACAACAUCCUACUUAUACGAUGCUCUAAUUAAAUUUAUAUUGUACGGAACAAAACAAGGAUAAUGACAGGUCAUCAAUGCAAUUGACAUUAUAUGAGAAAAUGUAUAAUAUGUUGUAUUAAUAUAUUAACUGAUAUACACGUAGGUACUAAUUUUGUUUUUUUUUUUAUGCAAGGGUAAAUGUACAAAAUGGAUUCGUUCAAAUAAUCAUUAAGUUGUUGCCUUUAGUGAUAAGCAAUUGUUUUUUGUGCAAUAAAAUUAUGAAUCACGUUAUCUUAAUCUUUGUAUCCUCGAUUUUAGUUGUCGAUGUUUAUCAGGUAUCGGCCGAUUGUGAAAGAUCCCGUUACAUCCUUGGAGCCGAAGACGUUUGUUGGGCUACAAAAGUUCAAAUGGUAGAAAGAAUAUCACACGCACAUAAAACAAUCGUAAAUUUUGCAAAGAAAACAAUAGGAAUUGACGUUGAGGAAACUCAAAAACCACAAAAAUGUGAUUAUUAUUACUGUAUUUUCAGCGAAAUGAAUUUAUUAAAUCCUGAUUAUGACGUACCGUGCAUAGAUAGGACGUCCAAAUGGGUUAAAAAGAAUGUUAAAUAUGACCAGGCAGUAACGUUGUUAGAAAGGAUUCAGUCAUGUAGUGGAGAAUUGGGUACAUCUUUAGGAACGAAGCAACAGUUUCUAGCUGAUAACGUUGGAACAUCGGAGCGAACUGUGGUUGAAAAGGACCAAAGUAGAUGUGAAAUUGCUAGCGAAUAUAUGAAAUGCUUAGCUUAUAUUGAAAAAGAUUCCGAGUGUCCUGUAUUUCAAUAUCCAUAAGGAUUUUUAUAAUUAAUAUAAAAUGGAUCAAGCAUCUAUUAAUAAAUACAUAUUUUUAUAAAUGAGUGAUCUGAUGUAUUUUCUG